AUGGCCUCCAACCCUCCCUCUUCCUGCUGCGUGACUGGCUUCAAGCACGAAGGCACCUCCGCCGGCGAAUUCAAGGUCAUUGACGGUGUCAAGACCUACAUUGGUACCCCCAAGAACCGCAAGAAGUCCGACACAGCCAUUCUCUACCUGUCCGACGUCUUCGGCUUCUUCCCCAACAACGAGCUUCUCGUCGAUGAGUUCGCCAACAAUGGCUACCUGACCAUCUUCCCUGAUCUGUUCAACGGUACUCAGAUCGGUCCCGAUGACCUGAACAACGGCAACGUCAACAUUAUGGAGUGGCUCGGAGCCCACCAGCCCGACGUCAUCGACCCCGUUGUGGCCAAGACCAUUAAGUACAUGCGCGAGACCCUCGGCGUAAAGAGAAUCGCCGCUGUUGGCUACUGCUUCGGUGCCCGUUACGUCACUCGCUUCAUGAAGGCUGGCCAGAUCGACGUUGGCUACCACGCCCACCCCACCGGCACUACCCACGAGGAGCUCGCCGGCAUCGAGGGACCUCUUUCCAUCGCUGCUGCUGAGAUCGACCCUGCCUUCACUACCCAGCUCCGUCACGAGUCCGAGGAGACUCUGACCAAGACUGGCCAGGAGUGGCAGAUCAACCUGUUCAGCGGUGUCAAGCACGGCUUCGCUGUCCGCGCUGAUCUGAGCGACUCCAAGCAGAAGUGGGCCAAGGAGCAGGCUUUCUGCCAGGCUGUGCAAUGGUUCGACCGUCACCUGUAA